AUGAGCGCAUCCUUCGGUAAAGGGUUCGGCUCAUCUGAAGCGCCCUCUUUUCAAGACCACGAAGUCAAGCUAGAUGCAGCAGACACGGCAGCUAGUAUAGAACUCAAACAGCAUGACCGCGACGGGCUCGGCACGAGGCUUUCCCGCACAAUCUCGGGGGCAGCUGGGGAGAUGAAGAGAAAUUUCUCCAACUUGAGUCUUGCCAUGAUUGGCUUUUCGUUGACAAACAGUUGGUUGGGGAUCUCGUCGAGUUUGGUCACUGGUAUCCAAUCGGGUGGACCCAUUUUGAUCGUUUACGGGAUCUUGAUUGUCGCGUCCAUCUCGGUGUGCAUUGCAAUCACCUUGGGUGAAAUGGCUAGUGCCAUGCCUAGUGCCGGGGGACAGUACGUCUGGGCUAGAGUGUUGGCACCCAAGAAAUAUAGCAGUUUCUGGGCCUAUAUCACCGGUAGUAUAUCGUGGGGUGGGUCCAUCUUCACCACCUCGUCCAUGUGCAUUGCGUUGGCGUUGCAAUUGUUGGGAUUUUGGAAUUUGAAUCACCCCGAGCAUGUGACUCAGAAAUGGGAGAUUUUCAUCAUCUACAACAUUGUCAAUUGGUUUCUUUUCCUUUUCAACAUUUGGCAUAAAUACUUGCCCUUUAUCGGCAAUAGUAUCUUUGGCAUUAGUUUAACCUCGUACACAAUUAUCUUGAUCACAGUGUUGGUUUGCUCAAGAGGCAACUACCAAAGCCCUCAUUUUGUCUUUGUCGAGUUCACCAACGGUACCGGCUGGCCUUCAAAAGGGAUAGCCUUUAUUGUAGGCUUGAUCAACCCCGCAUGGUCAUUCUCGUGUCUUGACAGUGUCACCCAUUUAAGUGAAGAAACAUCUCAACCAGAGAGAGAUAUUCCUAAAGCGGUCUUGUCAACAGUAGCAAUUGGCUUUGCUACCGCAUUCACAUACUCCAUCGCCAUGUUCUUUUGCAUCAACAAUCUCGAUGGCAUUGUCAACUCGACUACAGGAAUGCCGAUUCUCGACAUCUACUACCAGGCAUUGAAGAACAAAAUCGGAGCUACAUGUUUAGGAGCAUUGGUUUUUCUCACCGCUUCCGGUUGUACGGUAGCAUGCCAAACCUGGCAAGCUAGAUUGUGCUGGAGUUUCGCCAGAGACAAUGGAUUGCCAUUUUCAAAAUACUUGUCCAUCAUUGACCCCAAGUCCGGCGGUCCCUUGUACGCUCACUUGUUCUCCACCAUCCUCGUCUCAGUCGUUUCCGUGUUGGCAUUUUCCGAUGCAGCAUUGCAGGCCACGGCAUUAGCUUGCGUCUCCUUCUUGCUCAUUGCCUACUCCAUCCCAACCAUUUGCUUGUUGAUGAGAAAGCGUCAAAUUCGCCACGGCCCCUUUUGGUUGGGUAAAAUUGGUGUCUUCUGCAACAUUGUCGUCUUGUGCUGGACCGUAUUUGCAUUGGUGUUCUUCUCUUUCCCCGCAUACUAUCCAGUCACAGCAGCAGGCAUGAACUAUUUCUGCGUGGUGCUUGCUGUCUAUGUCAUUUGCAUGCUUGUUUAUUGGUGGUUCCCAGUUAAGAAGUAUGCAUGUAAGGAGAACUUCCGUGGUGGCUCAAACCAGGAAGAAAUCGAGUUCCCCAAUGUUUGCAUCAACGAAUGGUGA